AAAUGAAGCCCAGGAAGAGGAGCAAGAGGAGGACUGCAGAGGACUCAGGCGUGGCUCCUCCUCAGGAACAGGUGACAUUCAAGGACGUGGCCAUAGAAUUCUCUAAGACGGAGUGGAAACGCCUGGACCCUGCUCAGAGGGCUUUGUACAGGGAGGUGAUGUUGGAGAACUACAGGAACCUGGUGUCCGUGGCAGGAACCUCUCCUCCCGAUGUGACCGUUAUCUCCAUGCUGGAACAAGGGGAGGAGCCCUGGACUGCAGAGAGCCGUGUGCAGCGACCAGAGGUACCCGGUGGACGGGAGUGGACCCAAGGGCUGGUCACAGCAGAUGCUCCUUUCUCUGGAAGAUCAGCAUGCAGGCCCCAGUGUCAUGAUGGCUGGACCUACACAGUCAUCUCUGGAGACAGAGUGGUCUGCCUGUCCACGUCUGGCAGCAGGGUUCAGUCUUCUGAGAUUAUUACUCAGCAGCGCUACAAAGGUGGUCAGUAG